GCGCAGAAAAUACAGUGAGGCAACAUAUGCCUGUCACUGUAUGUGUCGAAGACCAGCACCGCUUACACGGUGUGCAACGCUAAUACAAAGGGAAACUAAGCACAUUCACACUAUAAAUGCUAGAUACAGCACACAUCCCGCGCGAGAACAAACAUAUGAAGCAGACGCAGACAGCUAAGGAGAUAAAUGAUCUCACCUAGGGCACACCUACAUAGACGUACAUCGACACACAGUCACAAAUAGCUAGCGAGAUAGCGAACCCUGCACAUAACACAGAACAGAUGAACGACACAUUGACACCGGCGCUACCUGCCCCUAAGAGGACAAUUGGACAAAUCAAAAUGUCGGAACAUCUAUGAAAAGAAAGGCGUGAGGCAGCUUGCUGGUCGUCCCGUCGUCGAAGUGCACCUCAACAUCUAAGAAUUCUCCGACAGUAUUGUCGUCAGCGUCACCUCCAGGUAUCACCGCCUCGAUGCGCAUGUUAUCGUAGAGCUUUAUGUCCGCUUUAAUCUCUCCCGCAAUAACCACCUUGGAUGGCUCGCGGCCGUCCUUGGUGAAGUGCCGACCUCCCAGGACGAUGGGAAUGUUGCGAUUGGUGGGGGCACGCCACGGAAGGAUAUCAAAAACAACAGGCUUGUCGUCAUUCUCAUAAGCAUCCAGGGCAUCGUUAUUGGGGACGGCAAUAUUGAGAGUACCACCCUUGUAGUCGAGCAUAACGAUGCUGCAGGCGGGGCCGUAGACAAUGUCCAAAUGGCCACCGGGAGACACGAGCGUCCUGCAUGGCAGUCAGAGAGACGCGCAGCUGGAAUGGAGGUUAUGUCUCAUUAGGCUCACUUGAUUUCCAGCUCGUCAUUUCCGCCUGUCUCGUCAGGCAGGUCGAUCAGAUAUAUUUCCUUGUUCCACUUGGAGACAAGAAGGUCGCCCCGGAUCUUCCCACCUGCACGAAAAAGAGAGAUCAAAUAUCUAUCCCCGUGACGCAUUCCUUCAAACGACUGGUACCGAAACAGCUGCCGCGGUACUCUGUUAUGCCGCCAGUUGCCGACUCGACCGGCCAUCCCGGCUCGAUAUCCAUCUCGCCAGGAGAAAUCUCACUCCGAUCCAUGAAGUGCCUGCAUUGGGGGAGCGAGCAAAUAUACCCACAUUUGAAGUCCCCCCGCGUCCUCGUUCAGCCGUUUCGCGUGUUAUCGUCUUCCAUACCACUGCCUAAUGUCUUUUAGGUUGCGUGCGCGAGCAGGGUUCGGUUGUCUAUGUGUCGCACACAGAGACAUGCUGUGUAUGCUCCACAAGUGCACGCUUCUGUCGUACCCGUGAUACGCGCCUUCGUAUGAUUUGAACAGGUGGUCCCACUCGUAGGGAUCCGCUCCCAGCGGCGGCUGACAAUUCUUGUCCUCGUCGUCUUCGGCCUGGGUGUCAUACGGCUUGGGCAAGAAGAAGGGGUUCAUCUUAGGGUGCUUGUCGGGGAUUUCGUCCCAUGUGUCGAAGUCGUCCGCUUCACAGCCCUCACUCAUGGGGGGAGCCACGACUGACUUCCCGUAACCGGGAUUGCUGCCGUUGUCCACCAAGUACGUCUCGCCUUUGGUGGUGAAGACUGAGUCGAAUGUGUUCCUGUAGCCCUGUGACCAGAUGGUGACGCCCUUGACAUCCGAAGAAGCAUCGUAGCGGUCACCCUCAACCUAGACGGCCACAACGACAAGCGUAUCCAGAGAUACAAAUCUCAUCCGACUAGAUCCCUUCAACCAACCUGGUUUGGCUUGUUGACUUUUUCGCGGGUCUUGUAAUACACAUAUUCGAUUUCCUUGCUGGUUUCUGGAUUGCGGACCUCCACCUGGAGAGGAAGGUGCUCUUCACCUUCUUUCGUCAGGCUACGUCCCUCUGCCUAUCUCCCUACCUUCAAGAGUGACCCCGAAUAGUGCGUCUCAGGCAGAGCCCCAAUGCCGCACCCGGGCCACCCAAGGUUUGUGUUACCUCCCACAUUAACGUACAAAUUGCACUCGUUGUCAAACUGGAGGCCAUUGACGCCAUGGUCAUGAUUCGACACCGGGAGAUUCGACAGGACAAUCUCGAGCUCGUCAAAACUCUCGCCGGACAGGCGAGACACCUGACCGUCGAAGCCGGCAAAUCCGUCGAAGCCUCCAUCUUCGUCGAUGACUUUGCAGUCACCACCCUGAGAGAGGCAUAAGACAAUCGCGUACAGCUUCCCGCGUGACAUCCAUCUUAUCUCGGGUUGACCCAUUUGAACAAUGGCGAGUGAGCGAUGUAGAGGUGCGGGUCCUGCGGGUCCUGGCACGGAUCGAACUCGAUGCCUAGCACGCUGUGGCCGGGAUACCUCUUGGAGAUGGCCUCGUACACCUGGAGGGAGUCGUCCUUGACGUCAGUGUUACUGACAAAUUUGAUGCUCGCCACCACGCCGCUAGCCGCCCCCAUGAAGAAUGUCUUAGCGUCCUUUGGAGACCAAGCACCUGACGUGAGCGAGCCUCCUCUGAGCUCCUCGCUCGUCUCAGGCAGGUCGUCGUCGAUGUCUUGUAAGAGCACGUGGCUCUCAUACUUGAGUGUGCCCACAUCAACGUCACCGGAGGAGUCACUAGACUCUACCGGCAUGAGAUUGGACGCGACGUCGUCCUUCGCCUUGAUUUGCAGACUUUGAACAUCGCCUUCGGAGAGCUGGCUCGCGUCAAUUGAUAUACAGGACCAGCAGAAGAUCAUUCCAGAAGGAAGGCCUGCCUUUGUACCUCUGGCGUUUUAUAUCGUAUUAAACUCCCUGUCCAUUCGAGGACUCCAUCGUCGCCGUCCUCCGCAUCAUCGCCAGGGCGCACCUCGUGAUUAUGGAAGUCAAGAGACACAGUGUCCAUGAUCUGCACAUACGCAGUCAGUACGAAUAGCAAUAUGCAAGCACUCCGCAAGACAAGCCCUGUGAUUAUCUUUCAUGAUACCUCUGGAUUCGUAAAGCCCACCCCCUCGAUGCUGAUUUCGGUUCCCCCCUCCGGGUCGACCCAGUCGGGGGUCACCCUGUUGAUGUGAGGCUUCCACUCUCUCUGACUGUGAGUCCACUGAAAUUCUGUCCCUGCAGGGGCUUUAACUCGCACGCGCAGCGGGGUACCCUUGACCUGCUCGACCAGCCAUCGCACCUCAACCUUGAUCUCGUGCCCUUGCACGCUUAUCGUCCUGUCAUCGUCGUCUGGGAACAAGACAGUGACGCUGUGUGUAGGGAACGAGGCACUUGACUUUUUCCAGCAUACCGCCACCAUUAUCGGAAGACUCCUUUUCAUCGUCUGCAUACGUGGACGUAUCGACGCAUUCAUGGUGUCAUCAUUGUCAUCAUUUCGUUCCGUAUUACGCAUACGUAACGUUAUGACUGCUUGCCACGUACUGUCAUCGUUGUCAUCAUCUGCAUGCGUGCAAGCGUAGUGAUGAUACAGGCCUCAAUGCAGGGAUCCGUUGCUGGUCCAUGUAAAAUGUACCUUCAUCGGCUCCGUUGGAGAUGUCACCAUCUUCGUCUGAGACAUGCGGCAUGCAUCCCCCUAAGCCACAUAUGUCCUGCACCAUACCGUCGCCAUCCUCAGGCGAUGCCUCUUGAUGGUCCCCAUCUGCACGGCGGCAAGACGUAUCCAGCCGGCCAAUGUGUCCGUAUGUCAUGUGCUGGUCACAACACACCUUGGUCAUCCUCAGUCCCAUCGUUGCUGUCGUCGGGGUCCUCCUUAUCGUCUGCACGCGCGAACACAACUACAAGACGGUGUAUUGCGCGCAGGUGUCCUGCAAUUGCUCUUUCUUAGCUUAUGCAAUGUCAAGCUGACUCAGCAUACCAUCAUCGUCUUGAGCGGGGAUAUCGUGGCUGUCACCCCCGUGCUUCUUGUCUUUCAACUUCGUCUUGACCUUGUCCAUCAGUCCAAACUUUGCAUUCACAUCGGCCGACGGAAUGAGAAGGCUGAUGCUCCCUGUGGCGGCCUGGACAGAGUGCUCUUCGUCAUCGACCCACACAAUGGCAUUGUCGCCGCCCUCAAUGACCAAAGUCACUGAAUCAGAGCCCCCGAACACCUCCAGAACACCCUACGACGAAGAAGCAAGAAAGGGGCUAUCGUUAAAAUGCUACAGUAGCCCUUUGAUGCACCUGUGCUCGCACAAUGAGGUUCUUCUUGAAUUUCUUGUCCACCAAUCCCUUGCCCUGCGCUAGAGGGAUGAGGUCGCAGGACUUGUACGGCGCGUUGUCUCCGUCCAGUGUCCGCUUGAAUGCAGCCGUGGCGACAACACUGGAAGUUAUCCACACUGGCUCGAGGGUCUCGUUGUCGUCAGAAAGCUCGAGGGUCUCGUGGCUCUUGACGGAGCUCUUCAGCCAUGACGACAUGUCAUCGGCAUCGGAUGGCGUGUAAAUUGCCAUGGAACAGCCAGGCACCCUUUCCAGAGGGACGACGGCGAUGGGCGUGGUGGUCGACAGCUCGUGUCCAGACGAGUCCUUGAUAGUAAGCUUCACAUCAUGGUGACCUACUGAGAGGGAGUGGUCAAAAUCCCUGUCACAUGCAUCUUCGUCAUCCGCUUCACAAUCCUAAGAGGCAGACCACGGGCUUCAAUACCUUGCUUCUUCGCUUUCCCUCACCGAUUUGUGCACAGUCUCAUCACCGACUUUAAACUCAUAACUCACGACGGCCUCACCAAACUCAUGAGUAUGAGAGCCACCACCCUGCACAAACGUGUAUGCGCACGCUAAAAUAGAAUGAAUGAUUCCCUAUGGGUCCACUUACAUCAAUGGACACGUUUUCCAUGGCAUCCCCGUCAUAGUCGAUCGCAACUCUGGGCUCCAUGUCAAUGACGGGAUGGAGAUACUCUGCUGUGUCCUCUGCGAGGGGCCUGGUCCCGACGGGAACGAAGGUGGGCGGGAAGUUGUCACCAACGACGGCCAGGAGGAAGGCGUCGGCACUGAGACCCUGCCUCAUCGUGGAUGGGUGGAUGUGAGACAGGUGAAUCGGGAGAGUGCUGUCGACAGACACUUGAAAGGUUGAGGAAUCAGCAUGGAAGCCCGACUGUCUUGCGGAGGCAAACAUGGUGCUGGUCAGCAUCUACAUCAGCAGACAAAUUGCGAAUGGCUUCGGGAUCACGAGCCGAGAUAGCUGACCGCUCACCUCAGUGGGAGGUGUCUUCACCCCCACACUGACGACACGUCGGACGAUUGCUGGCUGGGUAGAUCCGUGGGUGAGCUUCAGCUCAGGCAGCUGAGCCCGCGUGGACGCAGCAGGGGGUAAGGAUUUCUGUAAACGGGCUGGAUACUCAUCAGGGACCCCAGCACCCCCAGACAGGAGAACCCAUACCUGAAUGAAGGUGUGGUAGGAAGGAGCGAUCAAAAAGGACACCGACUUUGUGUCCUUUACGUCUCUGCGGAUGCGAAGGAAUGCAAUUUCUGGCAAUCUUCCGCUCUCGGCAUCCUGUGUUUCCUUCGGCUUGUUGGGCAGCUCUUGCUCCAGCCUUUGCCCCACUCUCUCUCUUCUCGGUCUCCAUGAUACUGUGAUGUUGAUGCUUUGAAAAGGCUUGAUGUCUUCGAUGAAAUGGCGUUGCUUGUUGGGCAGCACUACCUCAAAGCCCUCUGUAUCUCCUUCCAGUCUUGGAAACAGGCGGCCUGAUGAACGCUCAGGGUCGUCAUUCGAUAAGUGGAAUGUCACUUGAGCGAGCGACGGUGACAAAUGGAAUGUCGGAUACGGAUGCUCGUCGUACAUCUUGCCGCAGAUCUUCGGGGAGCACGGGGGUAUGGCAGAUGCCGUCAGGUUGACGGGCGGAGCGGACGACAGCUUCUGCCAGGUGAAACCUUGCCGCCCAGGUAAGAAAAUGAGAUGUUCGAUGUGUCAGUUUUCCAAAGCGAAUGAAGACGGACCUUUGCUGGUUUGACUCACACUUGUGGCCAGCCUUGGACGGUACAUCUGCAAACAGGAAACUUUGCCAGCGGGUCGGCGAUCACCAUGUCUGCCCUUGCGUACCUGAAGGUGUCCUCUGGCGCUUGAACUCCAUGCCUUUGUGGAACCUCCGACCACAUACAUAAUGCCAGCCAGCGAAGUACUUCCUAAGCACAAGCGGGGCAGCGGCACAGGAGGAAGUCCCGCCCCCUCCCACUCUAUUCCAUGUUGUCCUUGGUCCUUACCGGCACCAUGGAUCUGCUGAGGCAUGUCUGGCCCCAUAAUCCAGUUUCUUCCUUUCUCCCCUUCUUCAUUGCUCGUGCAUUCUCCCUUAAUCAUGCGCUCAAGAGAAGUCGCGAGUGUGCCUUUGUCGUCCAUCCGGUCUACGUUGGAUCCAACGGUCGAACGAAUCUCUCUGUCGAUCCACGGCAUCCCACGAAGUGCCCGCAGAAGACGCUUCGCUCUCUUCUUGCGCUUUGCGCAGAUAUUGCGAGACUGGAGGAACUCAAUGCUCUUUAGGGUAUCUCUGUUGUUCUUCUCUCCUCCUGAUGCCAUCAGGUAGUCUUCGUUGACGUUGAUAAGCGCCAAACCAGCACGAGCAUAGUUCAUUGAAGGCCCAUCCGUCCACUCGCCACUAUCUGGAUCGUAAAUCUCAACACUAUCAGUUUCGUCGACAGAUCCGCCCCACCGUCCUCCCGCCACAUAGAUGAGACCGUCCAUCACAGCAGCUGCGACGUGCUCGCGAUGUAUCUUGGGGCCUUCCCUUUGCUGCCAUGCGUCCGUCUUUGGGUCAUAGACCAUCAUGCUGGGACGAGGCAGAAUCAGCUGGUCGUCAUUUUCGAAGCUCUCCUCCACUCCGCCGAUUACGUAGAUUCGGCCGUCAUGCGUAACGGCUGCUCCAGCGGCUCGUGGCUGAGGCAUGUCGGCCAGCGGUUCUAGUUUGUUUGUCUUGCUGUUGUAUUUCCACGUGUUGCGUUCGGUCUUGCGGCUUCCCCACUCUCCACUAUAGCCUACAAAGAUUGGGAAUAAAACAUGCACAAGACAAGACAAAACACUAUCCCGAGUAUGAGCACCUCCGAGUAUGAGCAUGCUAUCACUGGGCCUCUGCCCUGAUCCAGUCGUGGCGCGUGCUUCCGAAGGAGGAUAUGAAGCCAUCAUGAGGUGAUGACGCGUAUCUGGAAGGCUCGGUAGCACUUUUUCAUUAUCCCAUCGGCGUCUGGCAGGGUCGUAGCGGCGGAUAUCUGUUCCCGACUCCCUGUACCCGCCCACUGAGUAUAGCAUGCCAUCCGACAGCGCUAUGGCCCCGUGUUCGGUCUGAUCAGAAAAAGUGGUCUGUCGGCCUUGCGAUGUCCCUACCAAUUUUCCAGUACCUGAUAGGGCUCAGGCAUCGUCGGUCCCUCCGACCAUUUCCCGUCGGUAACAGCGCAAGGGACAAAAGGAAGAAACGCCAGAGGGACCGGAGUAGAAACACCCUGGAACAAGACAGACGGACCGUUCCUGGGAUCCGUCACGUUUUUUGGAACAUGUGGAGGGCACAAGUCAAAAGACAAAGCAGGCGACCCAAAGUCACGCUCCUGACGCUCUCUCAGUAAGCUAUUCACUGUCCGCCCAAGGGUCAAGACAACAAGAGUCAAGAGGGUCAGACUUGCCAUCAUUG